AUGACAUCCAUUUUGAACCCGAUCAUUCCGUUUUGUGUUAGUUUGCCUGGAAAUAAACUUAAUACCGGCCAUGACGUAGUUGUUGGGGGCGAAGCAUUUUAUGGGGCCCAAAGGUUCUCCAUCAACUUUAUCCAGUCCAGCUCACAAACUCGUUUGUUUCAUUUGGAUUUCCGCUUCGAUCAGAAUGAGACUGUCCUCAACUCAAACUAUCCGGAUGGAUGUUGGGCUCAAGAAGAGCGCACGCCUUUACCCCUCAUCUUGGGAAAGAAAUUCAACAUCGAAAUCAAGUUUUCGGUUGAUCGUUUUGUGAUAAUAGUUGAUUUCCAGUACCACUGUGAUUUCGUUUAUCGUUUCGACAUGUCUGAGGCCGAUGCGUUACUGAUUGAAGGCGACGUCAAUAUUAACUCGAUUCAGUUUAACUAA